CGACCUCGCUAGUUUUUCUUUCUGUGAUAAAAAAAUCGUAGCUUAGCUUUUAUGUUUUUUUCAUUGAACUUGUGAUGUGGCCUUAUAAACUAUAAACCAUUUUGUCUGCAUAUUAUUUUAGAAUGUGUAUAGAGUGCGGUGUAACUGAAGUGGUUUUGUAUUUUUAUGUGCGGUUAAUGCAUUAGUGUCAUUGUGAGAUCACGAUGCGUAUCGGUUUCGUGUUAUAUUGGUGCGUAUUUGCUUUUCAUCUGUGUAAAGCGGAUGAUGUGGAGAGGACAGAGACCAGGGAUAGUGGCAGAAGGCAGCAGUGGGGCCCCGUGGUGCGCAGCGGGUCGUUUAUGAGCGACUCCGCGGUCGCAGCAUCAAACGAACAGAUUCUGUUCGAGGCUUGCCACAAUGAGCCCGCGUGCCUGCAGGAUCGUGCCGGCCUCGAAGCCAUCACGCAGCUGCACAGGCAGCUCGAUGAUGAUGCCAACGGAAACGUAGACCUUAGCGAGAGUGAUGAUUUCCUCCGUGAGGAGUUGCAGUACGACAGCGGGUACGAGAAGCGUCAGCGUGCCUUCCACCACAAUGAUGAUAUGCACAUUUCUGUUAAGGAGCUUUGGGAAGCUUGGCUACGAUCUGAGGUGCACAACUGGACAGUAGAACAGACUGUGGAAUGGCUGUCGCAGUCCGUAGACCUGCCUCAAUACAAGACCUUGUUUCUGCAGCACAAAGUCACUGGAGCUACCUUGCCUAGAUUGGCAGUAAACAACAUGCAGUAUCUUAGCAACGUGUUGGGCAUCAAAGACCCUAUCCACAAACAGAAGUUGGCACUCAAAGCAAUGGAUGUCGUCCUCUUCGGACCCCCUAAAGAAGGCAGUAGAUGGAAGGACUGGCUCCUCGCAUCCCUGCUCCUGCUGGCGGUCGUGGGCGGAUGGGCGGCCCUGCGCGCCGGUCGCGCCAGCCGUCACCAAGUCCAGCGAAUGCUGCGGGAUAUGGAACAGCUUCGGAAGGCGGAGAUGGCACUCAACGAUAUGCAGAAGGAAUUAGAGAAAGCACGUUUGGAACAGGAGAACGUGACGACAGAAAAGAAGAAUUUGGAGAAGAAGCUAAGAGAGGCAGGUGACACGCCGCUACUGAACUCUGCAUCAUCAGACCUUGAAGUCACACAGCUCAAAGCUGAGAUUGAGAUGUUACGAGCAGAGCUCCGUCGCGCGGAGGGCGAGUUGGAAGACAGAUGCUGGGCACCCCCGCCCGGCUUACAACAAUGGUUGCAACUGACACAUGAAGUGGAAAACAGAUCGUAUUUACGCAAGAAACAGCAGGCAGACUUGCAGUUACAGCAGGCGAGAGAAGCAUGCGAGAAGCUCCGCAAGAAGCGGUCUAGCCUGGUGGGCGCGUUUGUGUCGACGCACGGCAAGUCCAUCGACGACGUGGACCGCUCCAUCGUCGAGGCCAGGACUGCGCUCAACGAAGUCACCCAGGAGUUACAGGAACGCAUGCAUAGAUGGAAACAGAUUGAACGUUUAUGCGGCUUCAAUAUCAUCAAUAACAAUGGUCUUCAGUACCUAGAGACUGCACUCUAUAGGAAUGCUAAUGGCCGACCAACGGGACGAGGUCGCAUCAGCAGUUCUCAGGAUGACCUGAGUAUCGGCGACGAUGCGUCCAUAUGCGGCUCAGUGGCUGAUAACUUCAUGUGGCGGGAAGAUUCCUCGGGCAGCGAAGCGGAUGCCCCACAUUACCCCCUAGACCUUAGACUCGCUGAGGCUAGAUUACAACUGGAGGAGCGUUUAGCGCAAGAGGCGCGGGAACGCAGACAGGACGACCGACGCGGCGCCAGGGCCUCGUACUCCGACCUGCGCAGCACUGCCGACGACAGGGCCAAGGAACAAGUCCACUUUAUAUUAGGAGGGGAUAACGUGAACUGGACCGGCGAGGAGAGCCCCCGCGCGACGGAGUUUCCCCGCGCGGUGACGUCACUGUCGCAGCCGCAGCUGCGCGCGUCGCUGCGCGGGGCGGGUGGGGCGGGUGGGGCGGGCGCCCCGCUGCCGCCGCCCCGCCGCGCGCCGCCGCCCGCCAUGGCGCGCUCGCGCAGCUCGGACGUGGUGGCGCUGGCGAGCGACGACCCCCGCCCGCCUCCCAGGAACGCUUUCACUAAGCAGAAAACUCUUGCUGAAGACACCCCAACCCCUUCAAGCAACACACCUCCCGAGGAAGAGUCAACAGACUCGUCACUAAUGGACGACGAAGGCCUCCCGAAGCCUCGCAAGCGUCGCAUCCACCUCCCAUUCGGUAAGAAAGCGAAGACCCCCGCGUGACCCCCACGAGACCCCCUAACGGACAACACUAGCCACGGCUGAACGAAGCGUCUCAAUAUCUAGGCCCGGUUUCAUUCGUUACCGAUAAAAUGUCAGUUAGAAAUGACUAGCGGAGAUGUCAUAACGCAUAAUCUCCUAAGAAAGUAGCGCGCCAAAAUGCGGGUGUUCGGGGGACGAGAAACGUUACCAGCUCCACGCUUACAAACCUUCUUUGGCACCUACCAUUAUAUUCAAAAUAAAAUCACCAGUCAAUAAAGACCAG